AUGAAGACCAAAAAAAGGGGGAGAUUUAAUUCUUCCUUUAAAUUGAAACAAAAAGGCAUUGAAGUAAUAGGUAAAUGGAAAAGCGUGCAAAUCGACCCCAAUCUAUUUGCUGAUGAGGACUUUAAAGAUAUAGUAUGCUUGGAGGAACUUACAGAGUACAAACUAGUAAGUUCUUCCAAAGUGGGGAAAGUAAAAGUGAAGAAGAGAAAGGCUGAGAGUGUUUUAGAAGAAGGCAAGGAGGAUGAGGAAGCACCUGUUGUCCCUCCUAAAAAGAAAAGGAAAAACAAAGAUUUGAGAAGCAAAACGGUUAAAAGCAGUGAUCCGAAUGCAGCAGAAAUUGAUGUGCCAGUUGAUAAAGAGGUAAAGUGUAACAAAGUAAUUGAAGCGGUAAAUUGUGAGGAUCAUGGACAUGUGUCUGAGAGCACUUCAAGCACAAAAGAUGCUCCAAAGAAAAAGAAGGUAGCUAAAAAGAAGUCUUCUCAAGCUCAGGAAACUCUUCCAUCAGUACCCACUUCUAAAAAAGUUAAAAACUGGACAACAGAAGUUUUGUCUGCCUCGACUGAUCACAAAGCUGAUGUGUCUGCAUGGAAAAACCUGUUUGUACCUGAACCAGUGCUGCGGGCCUUGAGCUACCUGGGGUUUAGUGCUCCAACUCCUAUUCAAGCCUUAGCCUUGCCUUCUGCUAUCCGGGAUAAUAUGGAUGUUCUUGGUGCUGCAGAAACAGGAAGCGGCAAAACGCUUGCAUUUGCAAUUCCAAUGAUUCACUCUGUGCUGCAGUGGCAAAAAUCAAAUAGCUCGACAACCAGAAAUGACAGUGUUUCUAAAGAGUCCCAUCAGCAUCACGAUGAAACAAGAUGGGAAGAUGAGGAUGAAGCAGAAAAACUAAUCCAUCAGCAGGUUGAAGAUAGUGGAGAUGAAGAUGAUGCAUCUUUCACAACAGGCUGUGUGAAGGUGCUGGAAAAUUUUGAAUUUGAUUGUGGUGACGAGACACAUACUGUUAGCUCCCAUAAAAAGAGACCUCUUUUAGGACUGGUCCUUACUCCCACCAGAGAAUUAGCUGUACAAGUAAAACACCACAUUGAUGCAGUUGCAAAGUUUACAGGUAUGUAG